CACUCUACAAACGAGGCACCAAUAACACAGCAUCAAGAUGCUCACCCUCUCCAUUGCUUCUUCCACUUCCGCCAUUACUGUUACUCCCAAGACCUUCUUAACUUCUUCAAACAUUUCCAACAAAUCUUCCUUCAAUGGCAUCCGAAUUGCUCACGUUCUCCCCUCACCUGCCUUUCGAACAACAACAGCAACAACGCGCCAAUCUGUUGUAAUGAUGGCCAAGAAAGAAGAAGAAUUGAAGGAAAUCAGAGCCAAAACCACUGAAGAAAUCAAUGAUGAAAUCGUUGAUCUCAAAGGAGAGCUGUUUAUGCUCCGUCUUCAGAGGUCGGCCAGGAAUGAGUUUAAGUCGAGUGAAUUCCGCCGGAUGCGUAAAAGGGUUGCUCGUAUGCUGACCGUUAAACGAGAAAGAGAAAUUGACGAUGGUAUCGGUAAGAGGCUAUCAAGGAAGCUUGACCGGCAAUGGAGAAAAAGCAUUGUGCCAAGACCACCUCCAUCCCUGAAGAAGUUACAGGAAGAAGAAGCAGCUGAAGAAGCCAAGGAAUCGGCAUCGGCAUCGGCAUCGGCUUAACCCAUUACUCGAAAUGUAAGCGAUUUAGUUUUGAUUAUCGGGAUUACAGUUCUAGCCGAUUUAGCAUCACUUGGAUCAUAAUUUAUCAAUCUUUUGAUCUUUCUCCCUCAUGCUUGUACCUUCAUAUGGAAUGGAAACGUCGAUCAAGUAAAUUUUUUUAUAUAUGGCAUUAUUCUACAUUG